AGUGCAUUAUAUAAAGACUUUGUACCGGAAGUACAAGCCCUUUUUCUAUCCUUUUUGCUUGUCUGGCGUUCAGUCCACUGACAAGGCAUCAUGCCUCGCAAGAUUGAAGAAAUCAAAGAUUUCCUGCUGACUGCCAGGAGGAAGGAUGCCAAGUCCGUGAAGAUCAAGAAGAACAAGGACAAUGUGAAGUUCAAGGUGCGCUGCAGCAGGUACCUGUACACGCUGGUCAUCACAGACAAGGAGAAGGCGGAGAAGCUCAAGCAGUCGCUUCCUCCAGGUCUGGCUGUGAAGGAGCUGAAGUAAAUGAUGUAAUAAAGAUGGAAAACAUGUA